AUGGCUGACGAGGCGAAUCGGCCCCUGCUGGGUGGGGAGUCCAGAUCGUCUUCUCCUGACCCAUCUCGAGGAUCUCGUCAUAGUCGCCCUACGCCACCCUUCGAAUUAUCGUCCGAAUCUACUCCUCUUCUUCAUCGUCGUGAUGAUGACCUGGCAAACUAUGGUACACAAACAAGGGGAUCUCGAUCACCAUCUACUGCAUCGGAAAAUGCCUCGCCGGAUCGAGGCUCCACUAAGACCAGCCGAGUCCGAUGGCCGACGUUGGUUGCACUCGCUCUCCUCCUGACAGCCAUCAUGGUGAUUUUGGCCAUCGCUUUUGCUACCCCUGCCGUGGUGAAAGAUUAUACACAGCAAGCCGCCGUUUUCAAGCCAGCGGCACUCUCGAUUGACUCGACAACCCCCAAAGGUGUUCGCGCCAGGGUCCAGGGAGACUUCGUCAUUGACUCGGGCCGCGUGAACAGCAAACCAGUUCGUGAUAUCGGCCGGUUUGUCACUUGGCUUGCCAAGGAUAUUGAAACAGGUCCGUCGGAAGUUGAGGUAUACCUGCCAGAGUACGGCAAUGUUGCGGUUGGCAACGCGACGCUACCGUCUCUGAAAAUGGAUAUUCGCAAUGGCCACCAUAAUCACAUCGACUUAUUGACAGACAUCACAGCGGGUGAUAUUCAUGGAAUUAAAGCGAUUGCUAUGGAUUGGAUAGAGGGGAGGCUGGGCCGCCUCAGUGUCAAGGGCAAGGCAAUCAUGCAUCCCACGUCGGGCUUGAUCGGCCUGGGAACUCAAAUACUAACAGACACCAUAAUAUUCGAAGAAAGCGAUUUUCCAGCUCUACCUGACAUUAGUGUCACCAGGUUGAAUGUGCAUGACACGGAGAAAGAAGGAAUGGCGGUCGAUGUGUCGCUGGCGGCGUGGAUUGACUCCCCUGUUUCUCUUAAAGCUCCGGGUCUUGGGUUUGAGAUCCUCGUACCAAAUUGCUCGCCUGGCGACCCCUACAUUUUGGUUGCCAAUGCGAAGACAGCCGAGGUUCAGAUCCAACCUGGCCAAGCGAGCAAUGUCAGCGUUGGCGGUAUUAUUCGAAAACUACCUGAAGAAUUGACCAGUACUUGUCCUGGAGAAGAAGGCUCUCCUUUGGACUUCCUGGUAUCAAGCUACAUCCAGGGCCGCGAGACGACGAUCUACGUCCGCGGAGCGGACGCACCGUUAUUCAACACUCCGGCGUGGAUAGUGGAUCUUCUGCGCAGAGUCACGGUACCACUUCCAGUCACGGGACAUGCCCUGGACAAUCUCGUGAAAAACUUUACCAUGUCCGACACGCAUUUCUCUCUCCCGGAUCCAUUUGCGGAGCCAGAUACUCCGGAAGCGCAACCCAGAGUGUCCGCUUUGGUCAAAGUCUUGAUCAGAUUGCCCAAGCAGAUGAACUUCAGUGUCGAUGUCCCGCGUGUUCGAGCCACUGCGGAUGUCUUUUAUAAGGAAAAGCGCCUUGGAGUCUUGAAACUCGACAAAUGGCAAAACGCCAACUCGACCCACGUGGAGGACCAUGAUGGCUCGUCGGCACUUCUAGUGGAGUUUGCCAUGAAAGAUGCACCGCUGCAGGUCACGGACAAUGACUUGUUGACGGAAGUCAUUCAAGCGAUGGUGUUUGGUAGCGAAGGAGUGGAGCUGCGGAUCGCUGCCACCGUAGACACGAAGGUCUUAACAGGCUUGGGUCGCUUCGCUGUGCACAGCAUCCCAGCCGAAGGGCAGGUCCGUGUCAAGACUCCGUCCGGCACAUUUGACCAACUGCAUCCCCGGCUUGUGUCUUUGGCACUAGGCAAUACUACUGAAUCCUCAAUAGUUGUGCUUGCUCGACUGAAUUUUACCAAUCCAACUUCGUAUGCGGCGACGGUGCCUUUUGUUGAUCUUCUUGUGCUCCACAACGACACAGCCGUCGCUCAUGUCGUCGCUCGAAAUAUAUCUGUGGUGCCCGGGAACAAUACCGACGUGUCUGUUGACUUUCUAUGGAGUCCACUCAACACCGGUGGAUCUCAUGGCGUGGAAGCUGGAAGAGCACUGCUCUCGGCAUAUGUGUCAGGAUCCAACACAACGGUGACGAUUCGAAGCCACCGGGAAACCAUCCCAGCCCUCCCUGAAUUAGGCGAAGCAUUGUCUCGAAUUUCUCUUGAAAUCCCAGUUCCUCGAUUAUCACUUCCUGGUUCCCCGAAAGAUGACAAAAAAGAUGGCCAGCGCUCUCAUUUCAUCCAAGAUGCAACGCUCUAUCUCUGGUCCUCCACGGCAGAUUUCAUCCUCUCUUCUCCCCUCCCAAAAACCAGCAUCUUCAUCACCACCAUAGACGCAGCCGCCUUCCACGAAAAGGACGAGCCCGUGGGCCGGAUCCACUACAGACUGCCCUUUGAAGUGCCACCGGGUCUCUCGCAAACUCCACGCCUACCAGUCGAUCUAGCUCUUGGAGGGGUCGGGCGUGAGGCUUUACGCAAGGCACUGGGACAAUCCUUGGAACUGGAUGCGGUGGCUAGGGUUGGGGUAAGGAUUCUUAAUUAUGUGGAUGUGGUGCUUUACCGAGGAAAGGGCAUUGCGGCCAAAGUGCGGAUUUAG